CACUCAGCCACUGCUAUCGGGCUUGCAUGGCAGCAUUCAAAGAGACAACGAAGGCGACAGGCCACGAGUAUAAGUUUGUGAAAGCGUCCAAAGAAGCGAGGCUACUCAUGGGCGACCUAGGCAGUGUGGCGGGGGGUGCGCUACAUAAGUACAGCAACAUCGAGGUUGAUGGAGGGCAUGUCGUGGCUGGGAACAUGGAGGGCCAAUUUGCGAAGGAUUUCUUCAAGUGAAUUGAGAUCCUUGCUCGUGAAAAGCCACGCGGGGCUAGAGGAGCAAAUGGUUUCGAACUGGGCGGACGUAACAGGCCAUGCCUGUGGUCACGUAGAAUCACCUCCCCUCCCCAGAAAAGAUCUCGUACUCUUAGACCACCCAUUGCUUCGCGCAAACACCGACGUAAAGCAGCAACUCCUUCCGAAUGUGUGUGGUAGCAUCUCUCGCACUACGGCGUGGUAUCGUAAACAUGGACGACCGCCGAGAAAGCCCAAGGCCGAACGCCAGCAAUACCUUUCUCCGUCAGAAGAGAAAGGAGAAGCAGGGCGAUGGACUGGCACCGGCACGACAUCAACAUAUAUGACAGGAUCACCCAGUGGCUUGAGGUGAUUGAACCGGAGCUUCAUAGACCUAACAUUGUGCCAGAGAAUGAAUAUAACAUGGACGAGACUGGGAUCAUGCUGUCAAUGCUAAGCUCUGUUAAAGUUCUUAUAGGUAAGGAUGACGUGCGAGACUAUAG